AUGUAUUUUCAACAUUGGACAGGAGACAUCCGAUACAUGAAACUGCAGCAAAAUGGCGACUGGGUCGGAGGUACUACCUCGGAGGUAGUGGCGGUUGAUGCGAAGAACAGCACGCCCAUCUCCGCAGUGUCCUAUUCUGUCGAUGGCGUCGACGCGUGGCACAUCUUCUAUAUCGACGAAAACAACAUGAUCAAGCAGCGCUCCCAGACGAACACUACGUUAGUCUGGGUGGACGGAGAGAUCAACGAAGCGCAGCUGCAGGCCAACGAUGCCGACCAAGUGGGAAUGCAGGCCUGCUGGUACGGCAACGACUACGGCGACAGCAAUUACCUGCACACCCCGCUUCCGAGCAGUGGGAACGCUUCCACCGAAUACGGGAUGCGGAUGUGGUAUGCUUCCGACGACAACACCUUCCUCCAAUAUGGCUGGCGAUACGGCGAUAAGAACUGGACCGCGCAAGGCCAGUUUGACAAUCUAAAUGGCCAUGCCGGCGUCGGGUGUUAUAGCUGGGGCCCGGGCACGGUGACUUAUGUGAUGUUUGUGAAUACCGACAACGCGGCGGAAAUCUACUGGCGAGACACCAAUACCAGCUUGACCAGCACCGCCAGCCAUCCGAUCAAUAAAUGGACAAAAGUACCCUUUACAAUCCCAAAUCUCGAACCCUCCACCUCGCUUGGCUACACCAACUUCUUCUACGCCCAGUCGAAUGCGACGUACACGAUGAACGGGUACAACAUCACCUGGGCCGCCGAGAAUACCACCAUCGUGUCCGCAGACAGUUUCACCGUGCAAGGAGAGCCUGGCAUCCCCGGGACGCACCUCAGCGUCUCUGCCAUUCCGGACAGCGACGGCGGAAAUAACAUUGUUGUCUUUUACCAGACUGUCGGCAAUGAUAUCACGGAAUUCACGCGAGAUCUGGUUGCUGGGCAGUGGACGAGUGCGGAUGUUCAGAUUCCGCAGCAGUGA